AUGCCGCAGGUACGACGGAUCCGUGGAGGUGGCUUCCGCAGCAGGCCACUGGCACCGGAGGUGGUUGAUGCUCCGAGAUCUUCCGGCGCCGCCCGGAAGGAAGAUGCUCAACCGGCUCAACCGGCUCAACCCUUCAGCAGGGAGAACGUGGAGCUUUUUCUGAAGGAUCGCGGUGCCACGUUCUUGGACUUCUGCCUGCAGAAUCCAGGCUGGGAAUCCGCGGAGAGGCCUGCCAAGGUUGCAGCUGAAGCGUGGGUUCCAUGUGGAGGUCACUUGACCAAACCCACGACACCUGCAACGCCAUCCACGCGGGCGACGGCCACGUCUUCGAGACCGCAAUCCCCGCAUUCGAGAUAUCAAUCAUCUCCGAUGUCCCCCCGGUCGCCCCGGUCGCCCCGGUCGCCCCUGUCGGACAGAUUGCCAUCCCAAAGUUCAGUUGACCUGGUCAUCAAGCAAAAGAAUGCAUCUUUAGCACGGCGUGCGCGAAUGCAUGAGCUGCAAAGGGGGAUGAUUGAUCAUGAUGAGGAACGGCUGGCAGAGGUUGCACGAGGGACUUCGCCUUUGCUCGGGGCCAGAGGUCAAGCAGUGCUUCCGGUUCCGCCUUUGGACGUGGAUCCUUUGAGGAUGCCACUGGAGCUUCGCUUGCGCCUGGCGGCUGGCAACAAGAUCUGCAAGGGCUUUCGGAGGCCAUGGCUGAUGGCCGUGCAUUCGGCCAACGAAGAGGCCAGAGACUGGCCCCUUCGACAUGCAGUGCUCGAAGCGUUCGAGGACACCAGAUCUUUCGAUGCGGCUCAUCCGCGGCCAGAAGGCCCCCUGCCUCGUCAAGAAUAUGCAGAUCCGCGCAGUUUCGACCUCCAGGAUCUGUUGCUGAGAGCUGAGGAGCUCAUUGAGGCGAAAGCCAUGGAGGACCAGUGCAUGCCUGUUGCUUGGCGCUUUCUUGCUGCAGCCUAUGAUGUCACACCUCCAGAUGUUUUAAAAAUGCUCCGUCAUGUGAAGACCUUUGCCAUGGCACAUGGCUUCACGGCUGCCUCACGGAAGGAGUUGGAGCAGAUUGCAGACGAACUCCUGCACUCUUUGACCUCAAGACUGCAGGAUGCGAGUGGCGAUUUCCUGCUGGAGGUGAUGGAGACGAUGAAGCAAUGUGAAGUUGGAAGCACGGCCUUCUCCGACCUUGUACAGCUACUGGCGCGGAGGAUCACAAGCACCACAGAGCUAGGCAGUCUAACGUUUCAACCUGUGCGACUGCUAUUUCUCUGUGGCUCAGAAGAGUGUCAGAGAACAGCCUCCCAAUACUUCCGGGGCACAGCAAGAGCCGGAGCGAUGGUGAAGAAGAAGAUUAAAAGUGGUAAGAAGGGCAAGGCAGAAGCCAAGACCAUUGGCAAAAAGCCUCCACCCGUUGAAGAUGACGACGACGAUGACGAGGAAGAAGAGCCAAUUCCAAAGGCAAAAGCUAAACCGGCAAAGGCUGCUCCGAUGGACGACGAUGACGAUGACGAUGACGAUGAUGACGAUGAUGAGCCCGCUCCCAAACCGAAGGCCAAGGCAAAAGCCAAGAUGCUGCCCAAAAAGAAGGUCAUGGACGAUGACGAUGACGAUGACGACGAUGAUGACGAUGAUGAACCGGCUCCCAAAGCGAAGGCAAAGGCAAAGGCCGUUGCCAAACCCAAGGCAGCGGCUGACGACGAUGAUGAUGACGACGAGGAAGAAGAGGAAGAAGAAGAAGAGCCGCAGCCCAAGGCUAAGGCCAAAGCCCAAGGAAAAGCUAAGGCAGCAGCAGAAGAUGACGAUGACGAUGAUGAGGAAGAGGAAGAGGAGGAGGAGGAGGAAGAGGAAGAAGCAGCUCCACUGAAGAAGAAGAGGGUGGAUUUAGAGGGUGGAGGUCAAGCCACCAAAGUGAUGGUGCGAGGAAUUCCCUGGGAUGCCACGGAGAAACAGAUCCGCAACGACUUUGGGGAAUGCGGUGAGAUCGAGGAAUUGGCCAUGCCCAGCAAAGCUGUGUUCAUCACCUUCAAAAGCAAAGCUGGCGCGGACAAAGCUCUGGAAUAUGAUGGAGAUCAAUAUGGCAAGGGCACUCUGCAGGUGAAACUUGACACCAAAGGUGAUGAUAAGGGCAAGGGCAAGGGCAAAGGCAAAGACGGAGGCAAGAAAGGGAAGGGAAAAGAUGACAAAGGAAAAGGAAAGGGCAAAAAAGGGAAAGAUGGCAAAGGAAAGGACGGUAAAGGAAAGAAGGGAAAGGACGGUAAGGGAAAGGGCAAAGACAAAGGCAAGGGCAAAUCGAAGAACGAGUUCAAAGGCAGUAGUAAGACCUUCGACGAUGACGACGAUGAUGACGAGGAUGAGGAGUGAGAGGGCACCGUAGGCACUCGACGCAAGGCGAUCGACAGGUCCAAUUGCAAGAGUACAAGCCCGCAAUCCUCCCAUUUGUCUUUUUAGCCGCUGAUCGUUGGGCAAGCCAAGUCAGAAU